CCGAAACUGAUUACACCAAUUUAGAGUUUAAGUUUUAGGGUUUAUGGUUUGGUUUUCAAUUUGUGAAGGAUUGGAAUAUUGUUUCUUACAUCAAAUUAAACACACUAGGAAAUUAAACACACUAGAAAGUCCUAACACGUAAGGCUUGCAACCUUAGUUAGGGCUGCCCGCCGAGGGCCCAUGGGCCGAAGGCCCAUUAAAUAAUAAUAGUUUAUGGUUUAUGGUUUGUGUUACGGUUUAUGUUAAGGGUUUAGGGUCUAGCUUAGGUUUGAAUUGAGCUUAGUUCAUGUUUUCGAAAUUUUCUUGGACUUUUCGAUAUUCUAAUAGGGCUUUUUUGGAAAAGUGAUUAGGGUGUUAGUGUUAGGGUUUAGGAAUUUUUUUUAGGGUUAAAGGUUUAAUUAUUAGUUGUAAUGGAGAACGGAUAUUAGUGCGACAGUCGGAUAUUAGUUUGAGUGGUUUGGAUAUUUGUUUUGUGGAGAUGAGUUUUCGACGAGCAAAUAAUAUUCCAGAAUAAAAAACUCGAAUUCUUAAUAAAAAGAGUCGUUUUUUUAUACCCAAUAAAAAGAGUCGUUUGAUAGAUAAAUCGCGAUAAAACUAGUAUUUAAUGUCAUUACAAUAAUCCGAGAAUGUCAAAUCCGAAAAAGCAGAACCAUAUAAGAAAUGAGAAAGCAAUAGUUCAACUAUUGUCUUGCUGACGCUUGAUAAUUUUUUUGAGCGUGUCGUCCCGAGCCUUCCACAUUUGGAUCAUGCUCUCAACCAUUGUCUCCAUUGCCGCAAGCUACAUAUGUUGUAAAAUAUUUAGUUUACUAUAUGCAACCAUGUCACUUAAGAAGCAAAAACAACAUCUAUGUACCUUAUUUAGGUCAAGGUUGUCAAAAUCUUUGUUUUCCCAGCAUGAUGCGUCUGGAUUGAGCCAAUGAUGUUUCUCCGCCUCCCCUUCUCUUGGAGGAGCUGGCAUCGAACACCUUUUGGAUUUUGUCAUCUUGCACAAUUCCUGAAAAGAACUAAUAUCAUUGAACUAAUAGCUAAUAUCAAUGAAAAUCUCAGAUCCCGCAAAUAGAAAGAAAUCCAAAUCCCCCAAAUCAAAAGAAUCCCAAUAGCAACACAAACAGAACUAAUAUCGACACAAACAGAACAAAUAUCGACACAAAGACAACUAAUAUCGAGACAAACAUAACUAAUAACCACACAAAUAGAACUAAUAUCGACACAAAAAGAAUUAAUAUUGACUCAAACAGAUCUAAUAUCAACUCAAACAGAAUUAAUAUCGACACAAACAGAAAGCCAUUCCACAAAACCAGAAAUAAAAUCAACAAAAGAACGAAUCAUGUAACCCUAACUCAAAUCUAUCCAAACGAAAACUAAUAUCCACGAAACUAUGCUUGAAAACUUACUUGAUGAAGAACCCGAGUUCCCUGCAAAGUGCCGCCGCCGAGAUCGCUGCUUCGCCGCCGCCGCCGAGAUCUCCGACUUCGCAGCAAGGUCGCCGCCGAGAUCUCCGCCUUCGCUGCAAGGUCGCCGCCGCCGCCUAGUUCGUCGCCGCCGCCAGACUUUGCUGCCGCCGAGUUCGACGCCGCCGAGUUCCAAUCACCGCGCGGCGCUUCGUCUGCGUUCGGGAGAGGAAGAAAGGCAGAGGAAAGGGAGAGAUUUGGCAAUUGGGGAAGAACGUUAAAAGGGGUAGGGUUUAGGGUUUUGUUUUUUGGUUUUUGAAUUAGUGGGCCCGGCGGGCCCCGCAAGGCCGAGUGGGCUGAACGGAUAUUAGUUCGCGACGUUCGGAUAUUUAAGCUGGGUGGUUUGGAUAGUUUUUUAUUGAGACUGGAUAUUAGUCUGUCUUUUUUGGAUAUUUGUCUGUAUCGUUUGGAUAUUUGUCUGUGUUGUUUGGAUAUUUGUGGAGAUACUGACACGGCCCAGUGGAGUUUUGUGGGUUUUUUAGCCCAGCUGAGAUGAAAGAUGGAGCUGAUGGUGGCGGCUUGGUAGGGUUUAGGUGGCAAGGGGGGAGAAAUGGAAAGAAGGGGCCCAAGUGGGUCAUUUAUUUGGGGAAACAAAAAUCAAAAAUAGGAAAUUCAAAGAAAGUGGAGGAAUUUAAUGCUCCCAACUACCCUACCCACCCAAACCCGAAAAUUGCCUCUCUCUCUUCAAUUUUUCUCUGUUUUUCUUCUCUUCCAAAGGAAGAGAGCCGCCGCCCAACUGUAUUUUCCGGCGACCAUUUUCUUUUCCGGCGACCAUCUUUCCUUUCCGGCGACCUUCUACGAUGCCGAUCGACGACAAUGGGGAGUUGGAUGAUCAAGGAUCUUCUCCAAUGAAGAAGGGUAAAUCGAUCGCACAAAAUAGUGAAGAAGAAGAACUCUAUCCUACAUCAUAUGAGUUUGUUGAUGAAGAUUCAAGUGGUGCUCCUGCCCUCAACGAAGAAGAAGAAGAAGAUAAAGGUUGAUUGAGUUCUUUAUAUGUUUGUGUUGUUGUGAGAUUGGUUGGUUGCAUUGAAUAUUUGAUGUUGAGAUUGUUGUGAGAAUAGCAUUGAAUGAUGUUGAUGUUGUUAUGGGUGUUUGAUGUUGAAAUUGUUGUGAGAAUGACAUAUCUGUUUGGAUCUUUCGGAUAUUUGUCUGUUUCUUUGCAGAUAUGUGUUUAACUAAACAUGGUAUUUGUCUGGGCUGCAAGGAUAUUUGUAUAUUUGCUUGCCGAUAUUUGUUUAAUGAAACAUGAUAUUUGUC